GGUGUUAAGAGUAAAAAAAGCACGCCCUUAACCUGUUCUUCAUUAAUCCCACUCUAAUCUUCUCCAUGUGAAAAAUAAGAAUCUAAAUCUCUACGAAAAUGGAGUGACCCUUUCAAUUUCUCCGCAUACUGGGUCAAACUUCUUCCCAAAUUAUUAAUCCCAUUUUCAAUUUGAUCAUCUUGUAACCCCUGCAAAUUUUGAAUCAGAAUUAGGGUUAGGGUUUUUGGUGUCCAUUAAAAAUGGCUUCUGAAGAGACUGGGUUAGUCUUGUCACACCGUCUCGACAGCAACCAUCCUCAGCUCCUCUUCCAAGACGACUCCAAUUCAGGUUUCGUAUGCAACCCACCCAACCAACGGCCCGGCUCAGGACCUGAUCGUCCUGCUGCCGGCACUACUAGCAACAACGGUAAAGCCACCCGUGAGCUUACUGGUUUCAUUGAUCAUCAACACCGAUAUUAUCAAACGCAAAGCACGACUGAGUUCCGGCAGAGCAUGUACAACCCCGGCCCGGUCCACCACCGUGGUCUCCAGAACUGGCAUGGUGGAAAUGGGAGGGCUUCGAAUUCUGCUAGUGGUGAUGGAUCGGAUGGUAAUGACAAUGAUGAUGAUGUGGAAGGGCUUGUAAAUAGUAGCGAUAAUAAGAACAAUAACAGUAGUAAUACUAGUGGGCAUAGCAGCGAGAAAGAUGGGAAUGCGAAACUGAAUCAUCUUUCUUCUUUUGGUUCUAGCAGGGAAGUAGUGAAGGUAGGAAGUGUUGUGCCUUCAAGAAAUGAUUUAAAUGGUGUAAGACCCAGUUCAAGUGAGAAUCAUCAGCAAGGACAGGUGGGACAGUACCAGAAUGCUGUUGCUCUUGUGGACCGUGAUGGUGAAUUGUACUAUUCACAGUAUCUUCACAGAGCUGAGGGUUCUGGAGCAGGGCUUAAAGAUGUGAUGGUUGCAAAUGGUUGUGGGUUUAGUGGAAGAAAGGAUGUUUCAUAUUCAGGUGAAUCCGGGGAUUCACUGAGAGCAAUACUCUCAGAUCCUUUGACAGGGGCACUUAUGGAUGAUGCUAUGAUAUUACCUUGUGGGCAUUCUUUUGGUAGCGAUGGAAUGCAGCAUGUUAUGAAGAUGAAGGUAUGUUGCACUUGUUCACACCCCGUGUCUGAAGGCUCAGUGGCUUCCAAUCUAUCUCUGCGGUCUGCUGUUUUGGCAUUUCGUAGAGAGGAAGAGUUGCAAGUUCAUCAUGCAUCUAAAAGAAGAAGAGAGAGAUUAGAGCAGGACAGGCUUAAUCACGGUGAUUCAAUGUUCAUGGACACACCAAGAGGCAGAGGCCUUCAGUUUCCAUUUUCUGUGUCUGACCGCGUUAUUAUCAAGGGAAACAAGAGGACACCAGAGCGUUUUGUUGGUUGCGAGGCUGUCAUCACAACUCAGUGCUUGAAUGGAUGGUAUGUGGUGAAGACAUUGGAUAAUGCAGAGAGCAUUAAACUGCAAUAUCGGUCCCUAGCCAAGGUUUCAGAUGAUUCGUCUUCGCACCCAACUUCAAGUAAGAUGACACCAAACUCGCGUUAGUUGAACCUGACUCUAAUCCUCCUAUACACGUGGCAUCGAUAAAUAUAUUUGUCUGUUUGAAUGUGUUGCAAGUAUAUAUUCCAAAACUUAAUCAGGUAGCAAGUUUUGCAGAUGUACCACAAGUGCUGUUUAUUAUUGUUACACUCACUGAAGCACAUAAUGUACAGCUAUUGUAUAUUGUAGAAUUUUCCCACAAAAAUUCUGAUGAAAAUAUGGGAUUUGUGAUA